CCAGCCCGCCCCGCCUUAGCUCCCGCGCUAGAGAGAAACAUGUAUCGUUUCCGAUCACAGCUCUUCACGGGGAUUUCUGCUGCUGCCACCGCCCACUCGUACCCCCGCCGCUUCUCGCCUCUGUUGUUAGCUGAAGACUCGCCUCUUAGCCGCCCGCCGCACAGACGCACGAGUAAAAAGUGCAGCUCCAUCGGCUGAUCCUCGCUAAGUUCCGAGUUUAGGCGGCACCGGGCGUCCCACGAUGCCGAAGAAUAAGAAGCGGAACACUCCCCACCGCGGUGGCAGUGGUGGCAGCGGCUCAGGGGCAGCUGCAGCGACGGCGGCGACAACAGGUGGCCAGCAUCGAAAUGUUCAACCUUUUAGUGAUGAGGAUGCAUCAAUUGAAACAAUGAGCCAUUGCAGUGGUUACAGCGAUCCUUCCAGUUUUGCUGAAGAUGGACCAGAAGUCCUUGACGAGGAAGGAACUCAAGAAGACUUAGAGUACAAAUUGAAGGGAUUCAUUGAUUUGACCCUGGAUAAGAGUGCGAAGACAAGACAGGCAGCUCUUGAAAGUAUUAAAAAUGCACUGGCUUCAAAAAUGCUUUAUGAAUUUAUUCUGGAAAGAAGAAUGACUUUGACUGACAGCAUUGAACGCUGCCUGAAAAAAGGUAAGAGUGAUGAGCAGCGUGCGGCUGCAGCAUUAGCAUCGGUUCUUUGUAUUCAGUUGGGCCCUGGAAUUGAAAGUGAAGAGGUUUUAAAAACUCUUGGACCAAUCCUAAAGAAAAUAAUUUGUGAUGGAACAGCUAGUAUCCAGGCUAGGCAAACUUGUGCAACUUGCUUUGGUGUUUGCUGUUUUAUUGCUACAGAUGACAUUACUGAGCUGUAUUCAACUCUGGAAUGUUUGGAAAGUAUCUUCACCAAGUCCUAUCUCAAAGAGAAAGACACUAACGUUAUAUGCAGCACCCCUAAUACAGUGCUUCAUAUCAGCUGUCUUCUUGCAUGGACAUUAUUAUUGACCAUAUGCCCUAUCAAUGAAGUGAAGAAAAAGCUUGAGAUGCAUUUCCAUAAACUUCCAAGCCUCCUUUCUUCUGAUGAUGUCAACAUGAGAAUAGCUGCUGGUGAAUCUUUGGCACUUAUGUUUGAAUUGGCCAGAGGGAUGGAGAGUGACUUUUUUUACGAAGACAUGGAAUCUUUGACGCAGAUGCUUAGGGCUUUGGCUACAGAUGGAAAUAAGCACCGUGCCAAAGUGGACAAGAGAAAGCAGCGAUCGGUGUUCAGAGACAUCCUGAGGGCAGUGGAGGAACGGGAUUUUCCAACAGAAACUGUUAAAUUUGGCCCUGAACGAAUGUAUAUUGAUUGCUGGGUCAAAAAACAUACCUAUGACACCUUUAAGGAAGUUCUUGGAUCAGGGAUGCAGUAUCAUUUGCAGUCAAAUGAAUUCCUUCGUAAUGUAUUUGAACUUGGACCCCCGGUGAUGCUUGAUGCUGCAACACUUAAAACGAUGAAGAUUUCUCGUUUUGAAAGGCACCUGUAUAACUCCGCAGCCUUCAAAGCUCGAACGAAAGCUCGAAGCAAAUGUCGAGAUAAGAGAGCAGAUGUUGGAGAAUUCUUCUAGAUUUUCAGCAGUUGGAAGACCACUUUCUAAUUUUUUUUUUUUUGUAAUUUCUAAUGUAUUUAAAUUAGAGACAGUUUUUAUCUAGGGUCAGCUUAGAUAGCUUUUGUAACAGGUUAUAUUAUAAUUUAAUGUGUACAGUAUUGCAAAUGGUGAGUUCUGAUUAUUGAAUAUUCUCUGUAAAUCAUUAAACAUAAAUAAAGUGUAAUGUUUAGUCAUUUUCUAUUUAUGAAGAGAGCAAAAACACGGUAUUUCACUUGAUUUCAUAAUGAGGAAAACUAUUACUCAAGGUUAAAUUUAUUAUACUGCGGUUGUCCAAAAAUAUUGAUUAUAAUGAUGUAAAUAUACAAGGUAUUUAACUUUAAGAUGUUAGGUGAGUUCUGGAUACAGUUUUGGGAGCUAGUUCUUCUGGAAAAGCUGCUGUAUUUUAAUUUUUAAAUGGAACCUAAUUUAAUUUUGUCACUGGGAUCAACAUAGAGAAUUUAUUCGAUGAGACCUUAACAGCUGCACUUAAAGGUCAUUCAGUCCAGCUUUUGAGAGUUCAUGAAGAAUUAACAUAUGCCAGAAAGGCUGCUAACGUUGACCUCUGAGGGUACUAACACAUUUUAUCUGCUAUAUUCUUGUAUUUUGAAAUAAAGAUCUUUUAUAAAAAGUGCUUCUUUUCUAGUAGAAGAAACAUUUAUGGGUCUGAAGUAGCGUUCAAAAUGACCAACCUAGGUAGGGAGUGAGACAGAACUUACUUUGUAUAUUUGGACACAUGAAAAUAAAUGAAAAAAAUGUAGCAAUGUCA